AUGAAGAACGAAGCUAACGACAGAAGAAGAAAGUGUCUAAAACUAGGUGUAAAAUUUUUGAUCAUUUUUUUAUUCGUGUUCACUUUUCUAUGUAUUAAGCAUUUUUUGACAGUGAACAAUGAAAACUCUUUAAGUACCAUUCCAGUAACUUCGAGUGCGGUUGCUUUGAACGAUAAUCGACUUUCUCCAAGGGGUCAUUGGAACUGGAUUGCUAAUGCUGCUGUUUCCGGGUUCUUAAUAUCUGCGGCUGGUCUGAUGGGUGGCUGGGCGAUAAACGUUUGUGUUGCUCCUGCUAACCCAGCUUGUUGGGUGACUGCUGGUACAACCUUGGUACUAGGAGCUAUUGGUGCAGUGUUCGCUACUGCCGCUGGUAGACCAGGCAAUGGUUGGACAAGUGCAAAUACAAAACGUGAUGUCAGCUCGGUGGAAUAUCAGGGGUUUAUUUACACCAAGAUUUCUCAUGAAAAUCAAAGUACAAUAGCAACAGCGUUAGAACGUUCCAAUUAUACCCUAGAUGCAAUUUGGGUUGUUACUCCAAACACUACAAAUCAUUUAUUACUGAAACGUGAUGGAUCUGAUGGAGAUGCUAUGCAUGUUUUGCAAUGGUCGACACCAAUGGGGAACCAUGUUGGGAUACACUUAGAUGGUGAUCUUCAAACGAUGGUUAAUGAUAUAGUUGCAGAUAGUGCUCCAGGAAGUUUAGAAUCCACUUUGAGAUAUACGAAAACUUAUAAUCACACUAAGCGUUACAAUAAUUUUGAUGCGAAAUGGGUUUCUUAUGGUUGGGAUAAUGGUAACUCUGAUUUAGCCAAAAUUGCCAUGGAAGAUCGUCCUUUAGAAGAAGAAGAGUAUGAUAAGAAUCUGUAUACAGAGUUCAACAAUAUGCCUGCAUGGAAGUACUGCUGGGCGGUCACAGAUAACCCGCAUCCUGGUCAAGGUGAAGGAUAUGAUGACAUUGGUAAAGAAAAUGUUAUGCAUGGUGAACUUUACUUCAAUACCUUCGGUGGCAUCGAUAAUUAUUGUAACGAUAGUAAGGAUGGCGCUCAAUGCCCUGAUGAUGCCUGUGAUAUAUAA